CCUCCUCAUUCAUUUCCUCCAUUUAUUAUUACCAGUCUCAUUAGUACCCUUUCAACCCCAAAUUGCUUUACUGGAAGAAGAAGAAGGAGAAGGAAAAAGUUGCAGAAGAGAGAGAGAGAGAGAGAGAGAUCGACAGAGAGAGAUGGGUCGAGGAAAGAUCGAAAUCAAGAGAAUAGAAAAUACUACCAACAGGCAAGUUACUUACUCGAAGCGACGAGGCGGUAUCAUGAAGAAAGCUCGAGAGCUCAGUGUUCUCUGUGACGCCGAAGUUUCUCUCGUCAUGUUCUCCAGUACCGGCAAAUUCCAUGAAUACGUCAGUCCAACCACAACAACGAAGAAGAUAUUUGAUCGGUAUCAGCAAACUUCAGGGGUCAAUCUUUGGCAGCCGCAUUACGAGAAAAUGCAAGAAAGCUUGAACAAACUGAAGGAGACAAAUAAUAAUCUCCGGAGAGAAAUCAGGCAGAGGAUGGGUGAAGAUCUGGACGAUCUGAGCAUCGAGGAACUGCGCGGUCUUGAGCAAAAUAUGGACAAAUCCUUGAAAGUUGUUCGUGAUCAAAAGUAUCACAAGAUUCAGACUCAGACGGAAACUUACAGGAAAAAGGUAAGGAACUCAGAGGAAACGCACAGGAAUCUCCUGCACCAAUUUGACGGGAGAGAUGAUGAUCCAAACUAUGGUUUAGUGGACCAUGAAGGCGACUAUGAAACUGAGAUUGGAAUGGCAAACGGAGGCUCCCACUCAUUUGCUUUCCGCCUGCAACCAAUCCAACCCAAUCUUCAAGAUGGAGGAAUUUAUGGGUUCCAUGAUCUACGCCUUGCUUGAGUUGCAGUCUUCAUCAGAGGUCACAUUACCUUUCAGACUUUAAUCUCUUAUGUAUUUGGGCUUUUAAAAAAAAUAACUCAUGAAUCUAACUCUAGUAUAAUUAUGGUUAUAAAAACUCAACUAUUUAUGACUA